GACUCAAUAGGUCAAACGAGGCCAGUAAAAAAAAAGAUGCUAAGCUUCAAGUUCUUGUCAAAACCUCCAGCAAUUGUUUUGAAAAUAUAUCAGAUAAAGUCGGUUUCGUGCAUGUUUCCUUGCCAUAUUAUUAAUUUUCAGUAAUUUAUAUUUACUGUAUAGUAUUUUAUUUUAAUUACUUGAAAAAAGGCUUACGAAUUAUUGUAUAAUGGAAACAUACUCGUAUAUAAAGAAGCGGCGCGACUUCGGAAAACAGCCCAUGUUCUGUGAACACGGGCCAGAAUUGUGCGACUCCAUUCUGCCUAACCCCGCGGAACAGAAAGUUUUCAUCCUGCGGAACCCAGUACACCAGGCCAUUCAGAACACUCCGAACUUCUCGCAACAUGAAAUCAACACAAAGCGAGCUAAAUACACUACGACAGGAAUCAACCACGCCGAAGGUGGCUGGCCCAAGGAUGUCAACGUAGUCGACCCCGAAGCCACGCAACGUUACCGCCGCAAGAUCGAAAAGGAAGAUGAAUAUAUAAGUUGCGUCAAUACUUGCUGCCCCGGCAUGGAACACUACGCGCUGCAAAACAAUGCUAUCGAUAUGUACCAAAUUUAUUACUCUGACAUGGCUAGUUUGCCGCCCGUCGAGAAGAACAGCAUGCGCACUGUCAACGUGUACCGCGACCCUUUGCGAGGCCGCCCCAUUUCCUCUAUCUGCUGGCAGCCCGACGGUCAAAUGCGAUUUGCUGUAACUUACGUGGACAUGAAUUUCUACCGUAAUCCACAAGGUAGCAUCUUUGGAUUUUUAUGGGACGUGGAGACCCCCGCGGAGCCAUUUAUGAAUUUCAUGCCUCCGGCCAUAUUACUGGAUUUACAAUUUAAUCCAAAGGAUAGCACUAUGUUGGCGGGAGGAUUAGUUACCGGUCAGGUAGUGUUAUUUGACAUACGACGCGGGAGCCAAGCGGUGUCGGAGUGCCCGCCGCAUGUGGCGCACCGUGACAUGGUGCGUAAUGUGCUGUUCAUAAACAGCAAGUCGGGGCUUGAAUUUUUUUCGGGCGGACCCGAUGGUGCGUGUAAAUGGUGGGACGCGCGAAAUAUGUCUGAGCCAACUGAUGAAAUGAUAAUUGAUAUCGCCAAAUACUCGUUUGAUGUUCCUAACAUGGCAACUGCUUUCGGUAUUAGCACGAUGGAGUACGAAUUCACUAUCCCUUCACGAUUCAUGGUUGGAACAGACAACGGUUACGUCGUUACCGGUAACCGGAAAGGAAAAACUCAACUGGAUAAAUUCCCAGUUCAGUACCCAGCACAUACUGGCUCGGUGCGGUCAUUGGAGCGCAAUCCUUAUUUUCUGAAGAACUUCUUGACCGUGGGAGACUGGAGGCUGCAAGUCUGGAGUGAGGAUUGCCACGACUCACCCGUGCUGUCGACGGCUGCGACGCGCCACAAAAUUACCUGCGCCACGUGGAGUCCCACGAGGUGUUCCCUGCUGCUGUGCACGGGCGCGGAUGGCGUGAUCUCAGCGUGGGAUUUCUUGCGCAGCCAGUGCAAACCCAUCCUUACGAUGUAUUUGGGCGAUGACCCGCUUGUCAAAGUCAGGAUUCACGAGCAGGGUUCGCUAGUAGCUGUUGGUACUCAAAAAGGCUCUAUUUUUAUGUUGGAACUAUCACCAUCCAUGACUGCAUCUGACAAGAACGACAAGAAUCUCAUGUUGGCGAUAUUUGAACGCGAGACAAAGCGAGAAAAAAUCCUUGAGGCCCGGCUUCGUGAAAUUCGUUUGAAGCAGCGGCAGGCGGAGGAAGGCAGCCCGCGGCACAGUUUAGGCCUCGACGACCCCUCGGUCGGGGACCGCGAUUUGGCCGAGGCCACUCAAGACUAUUUAAAUGUUGUCAAGAAGGAGCUUGCUGCCAUGUAGGCAGUGAGACCUACAUAGCACGACCAGAUCCACUACAGCUAUUCCGAUGGCCACGUGAUUUAAGUUACGUCAUUUACAUGGGCUUUAGAAGAAUGAAUUAGAUUAUGUAAACAUACUUACAUGUUAUUCGAUUGCCAUGGGUUACGAUCCAAUAUGGAUGCUAUAUUAAGUUGAAGUACCCAAUAGAGUUGUUUCCGAUUUUUUGAAACGCUUGUAUUACGUUCUAUAUUAACUAAAAGUUGCCCUAAAAUUCAACUUUUGUACUAAAAACGGCUUUAAAUAUGUUAAAUUAACAAAAUAUAUUUUGACAGAUGCUUUCGCGCCCAAAACGCUCUUUGAAUGUGACGUCACAGUUUACGGUUUGACACAUAACUUCAUACACACGUAGAAGAUACGAACUGUCAACUGACAUUUGUCAUUUGUUGUUUAUCGCCUAACUGUCAACAGUGUCAAUCCGAGAGUUGUGACGUCAUCAGAAUCUUCAAUGACGUUUCGAGUUUGGACACGUGACGUGUACCAAAAGAUAUUUUAAAUUCAAUAUUUACAAAAAUAUGGUCAUUACAGGUCUCCUAAAAGUAGUUUAACAUGUUCUUAUAAUCCAAAAGAAUUAUUGGGAUACAAUUCUGCCCCAAGAUUUGUAGAUGGAAACAACCCUAUUAAAUCUAUGGUUGUCGUAUUUGGUCAAUACCAUUUAAAAAGUGGUUAGGUUCAGAGUCAGUUUCCGUUGUAGAUAUGACAUUGUCACUAUCGUUGUUUCCACUAAGUCCUUUAAGAUUAAGACAUUCAAAUCUUCAAGAGCGUGUGAUGUAAUCAUAUAGCACAUUUUGCUUAUCAACACAAGCUAGCCUUCCCACUGGUCAAUAUUAGGUAAGUGUAUUUCAUCGAUCGAACCAGGCGAUAAACUUCAUCUACGGCCGGUUUCUACUCGUAGUAAUUUAGAAUACAGUUUCCUUGGUCCCUGCUUUACCUGCCAUGAUAUAUUCAAAAUGACAGAUUUCAUACACGUACACAUAUCCAAAAAAGCGAAAAAAAGUGUACUGUAUUCAUAGAGCCUUGUAUGUUGUCUAGGUGAUUUAACAUCUCAUUUACGUAAAACGGCCUGAUUUGCAUAUAACAUAGUUUUGUUAGGCAAAACUCAUUAUAAUUUUUAGUUAUAUGAUAAAACGUCGUGUAAUUACAAAGACUUGUAGGCGUGUAGUGAAAUGAUGACAAUGAUAAUUAUUAUUAUUACCACAAAUGGGUGGAAACACAAUAAAAUUAAACACUUAAAUUAAAAACUUAUAAAUAAAACAAUUGUCCCAAAUCGAGACCGCUUCGUAAGGUGCCCAGAAGGCUGGCUGCAUUGCUCCUCUGGAUAGCAAUGCUUAUCCGCUGGGCGAAAUACAGGCCAACCCUCUGGUCACACGAAGCCUCUAUAAGGCGCUUUGCUAACACCUUAUAGAGGCGGCGCGCGCAAGGCCCCCACGGCCCUAGGGUUUCAACCCCAAACGCCGCAAAUAUGUAACUACUGCCGAGGUUGACAUACUUGCGAAACUUGAGGCUUUCAGCCGAGGAUGCGGCCGCACCAGCGUCAACUUUGGUGCCUGGAAUAUGGGACCUAUGGGACAUAUGGGAAUAUGGUGCCAGGGUAUCUACGCAAGUAGUAUCCCAGACAAGGGGCCUUCCCAUAGAUACUCCAAGGCACCAACGUUACCUAAUUUCAUACUUAAUACUCAUACAUACAUGUAGUCAUUAGUUAGUCAGAGAAACA